CGGUAGGAUUCUCGGUUCGCUCCCCGCUCUAAAACAUACAUGCGGCUCGUCCCUCGCGGUGCAAGGUGAUGUCUUAGAUGAUCAAUUCCGAGGAUUCGGAGCCUGUGUCGGACAUCAGGUAUACACCUGGAGGAUUCACUAUUUCUCAAACACGCCUCCCACAUCGUUGUCCUUGAUACCAGCGGCAAUUUCGAUUUGUCUUUCCUCUGCCAAUCGAUAAUUCACAAACCGACGAGAAAAAUGGCGCCCUACAACACGAGCAUGAGAUUCCCUACCGCAGUUCUCAUAGUCAACAGCUGUGGUCUUGCGCUCGCCUUUUUUGCCGUUCUCCUAAGGUUUUGGGCUCGUUAUAUCCGGCGAGUCAAGGUUAGAUUAUGCGACUACAUGAUUGUCGCCUCAUGGCUGUUUUCGUUUGGCCUGGUUGUCAGCGAAAACUAUUGUAUCACGAAAGGAGGGAUUGGCCAGAAAGUGAUACACGUUACUGAAGAAGAGCUGCUCUUCUCGACCAAGCAAUUCUUAGUCGUUGACGUAUGCGGGUCUCUGGCAGUGGCAUUCGUCAAAAUUUCAAUCCUGGACUUCCUGCUUUCCGUUUUCUCAACCCAUAAUCGGUUUCGUAUCGCAGCUUAUGUCCUGAUGGCAGCUACCACCGGAUAUGGAAUAAGCUUCCUCGUGGCCUCGCUGGCUAGCUGCACACCUUUUGAGGCCAACUGGGAUAAGACAUCGUACCCGAACUAUCAUUGCAUCAACACCUCAUAUUUCUACGUUGCGCAAGCAGCCAUAGGUGUUACUCUAGACUGUCUAAUCCUUUUUCUCCCUGUACCAGUUGUGUGGACCCUCUCAUUGAAAAUAAGUAAAAAGAUUGCCCUGACGGUCCUUUUUACGAUAGGAAUUUUGAUCUGUGUUAUCUCCAUAACUCGCCUUGUUUAUAAUACUCGCGCAGAAUGGAUGGUGACUCACUUCACUGAAUAUGGUGGCAUCGCAUGUCUUCUCGGGGCAUUGGAGGCGAACCUGUCAAUUAUCUGCGCAUGUCUACCAACCAUGCAACCCCUCAUGACAUCUUUCACGGGGAGGGUCAAAUCGUCGUUCAGCUCUGACGCUGGAGGGCUAAAAGGGCUGUACAACAAUUUCUCUUCUAGAUACCUGAGGCCGGUCCCUGGCUCGAUGAAGAUCGGCUCAAGCACCGAUAGGCGUGCUACGAUGUACAUUGAGGACGACUUGGAGAGUGCGCGACUUCAGAAGCACGUGGAUAAACUAUAUCCUCUCAACACAACUCUGGCCAGUCGUACCAGUUUGAGUGAGGAAAUCGGGUGGACGCAACAGACGAGAUGCUUUACGCAAGUGGACUCGGCUAAUUCUAAGAGUGGCGAUGAGUCAGUGGAGUUGGCAAAGCUCGGGGAGAAAGUCGAACCUUACAGCGCGAUAAAUGUAACCAAGAGCUGGAAGGUCAAUUCAGAGGAAUGAAUUUAUA